AUGGCUAGCCCUGGAACCAUUUUGGAAUUGCCAGACCAAACCACCCCCCUGGUACCUGAAUCCCCAGACGAGUCAUGGUUUGUCGAUCAGAACUCCACUAUUUUUGGCCAUAUGCCUUCGCCCGGCAUGCAUCGACAGAAUCAGGCUGCACUGCGAUCGGACGGAGAACAUGAUCGAGAACCUGGCGAUGACCCCGAAAUCCCCUGCCUCGCUUCCCCUGGGACAACGCUUGUUUCGGACCCAGAAUACCGCCCUUUGCUCUUUGGAUUGGCGGAUCCAAUGCGCUGGUUGACGGUCGUCGACUUCUGGGGCGCUUUGGGAAAGGCGAUGAACCUGACGUGCAAGCGAGACUUGCAAAUUCAUUGA